AUUUUUGUAUCAUAAUAAUCUGAGGUCGUUACCAGCUGGAAUAUUCGAUAGAAACAAAGAUCUUAUGAAAGUGCAUCUUGGAUAUAAUAACCUCGAGACAUUACCAACUGGGAUAUUCGAUAGAAAUGAAAAUCUMCUUCAAAUAUUGCUGAACAACAAUCACUUGACGACGUUACCUGUUGGAAUGUUGAAGAAUAGCAAACUACUUAAUGGAAUAGAUUUGAGAAAUAAUCAGCUGAUUACGUUACCAGCUGGGUUAUUUGAUGAGAACGAAAAGCUUAACAUCAUAGUGUUGGAAAGCAACCAGUUAGCCUUGCUACCUGAUGGAAUCUUCCAUAACCUAAAAGCACUUAGUGCACUGUAUUUGAGUAAUAAUCGCUUGUCGUCUUUACCAGCUGAGGUUUUUGAUAACAAUACAGAACUUCAGUACUUGUAA